CACACACAAAGCUGCCACUUCUUUUUCUGGUGCGACAUCAACAUUCAACACACAAUUUUGCCUCUUGUGAAUCCUCUGCCACACGCUCUGCCAUUUCGACUCCCGCAAAACUCCCAACUCCAACCUCGUUGGACUCAUUAUUCUCGUCGGCUCGUGUAAUUCCACGCAGUCUUGUCUAUCGCAGACACCCCCUCCAUUGAGCGGUCAGGGGAAAUUUUCGCUGAGGCAUUUUUCACAAGCCGCCCACAAUUUUCACCACCACAACUGCAGCUCUGGCGACCUUCACCAGUUGAGUGAUUCACUCGACGCUCAGGCUGUGACAGCCACCCUUCAUCUCCAGCAAGUUCUAUUAGCAUCUCUAUGAGCCGCAAGGAUUUGCUUCGCUUCCUAUCCAAGCCGGCAAAGCCCAGAUAACACCUGCUACUUGCGGUUUUAAACAACAGAAGUCUCACAGCGAGUAUCCAUCGAACAAAGCCUCUUGAGAGAUAACAAACAUCUCUCACACUUCUUGGACGGUCACCAAAGUUUGAUCAGAAAGAGUCUACAAACACUGCCCACAAUUCCGUUCGUGCAGGAAAUCUUCUUCCUCCUCUCCUCCACCAGGCCUCCAUAACGACCCCUCAGAAGGGAUUUCAAACCACAUCACACACUGCUGCUGGCAAAAGCCAGCCUCCAACUCUCCCACCGCAUAGUGGGCCUUCUCUUCUCAGGCGGACACCGCAUUGUUCGUCUGGGUGGCAGAUAGUGCUUCACUGAAUCGUCAGAUCAGUGUUUCUUCACCUUCUUGCCCAGAACACUUCAAAGCUUCCAACAACCGAGAGGACUCUGUCCGCACCUUCGAAAAGGAUAUGGUACACAUUGGGAUCCCCAAGCAUUAUACAACUUCGCCGUCGAGUUUUAGUCACACCCCGUCGUUGACUAUCAAUCGCGAAGUUGCGCUAGAUCUUGACUCUAGCAAUGCAUUCGAAGGUCCCGAGAAACUCUUAGAAGUAUGGUUCAGUCCGUCACCCGAUGCCCUCCAGGGCUGUUCGGAGCCUACCGGACUCAAGGCCGUGCCGUCGGACGUCUGGAAAACAAUGCUUGAUUUGGUCAAUUGCAAAGUCUUGUCCAUCAUCGAGUCUGAAGAUGUUGAUGCUUAUCUCCUCUCUGAGUCGAGCAUGUUUGUCUUCCCUCACAAACUCAUUCUGAAGACUUGCGGGACAACCACCUUGCUGUGCGGGCUGCCACGUAUCCUCGAAAUCGCGGUGCUCUUUGGUGGCUUUCCACGUGCGACUGCUCCACCAUCCAAUGGCAUCGCUAUUGCGGCCCCUCCAUACCGCGUUUUCUACAGUCGCAAGAACUACUUGUUCCCUGACCGGCAACGUGGCCCACACCGCAGCUGGCGCGAUGAGGUGUACACUCUCGAUAAACUCUUUGUUGGGGGCAGCGCCUACAUGAUCGGCAAGAUGAACGGCGAGCACUGGUACUUGUACCUCACUGAACCAUACACCAUGUUGACGCCACCAGCAAGCCCACAGAGCAUGGGUAGUCCAGGGACUGAGACCAAAGUUCUGGAUUUACCGUCGUCGUUGGUGGUCGACCGUGGUUCGAAGGUGUGCGAAGGUGAAGACGAAACUCUCGAGAUCCUCAUGACUGAUUUGGACGAGGAGAAUGCUCGACAAUUCUACCUCGACCAUGCGAGUGCGGUCGCAGAAGAUCAGUGGAGAGGAUCUCAAAGAGGACGAGACGAUCACAUCGAUGUAUUCAGCAAUGCAUCAUCAGAUGACAGCGAUAUUUCCAUCAAGGAAGAGGCCUUUCCUUCUGAACUCACCACUGAAGGGCAUGCUCUUGGCACUGUGGUGUCCGAGGCGUGCGGUCUUUCCGAUGUCUAUCCGGCAGACAAGUAUCCGGAUGCUCGAGUCGAUGCAUACCUCUUUACCCCAUGCGGAUUCUCGGCCAACGGAGUCAUCCCCGCCCCUAACGGGCAGAAAGGAACUCACUACUUCACUGUCCAUGUGACUCCAGAACCAAUCUGCUCUUAUGCAUCUUUCGAGACCAAUGUCCCUUGCGGCCAAAAGGGUCGUGAAACCGCCGACAUCAUCCAGCAUGUCGUCGACAUUUUCAAGCCUGGGCGGUUCACUGUCACUCUUUUCGAAGCCACCGCCACCUACGAGGAAAGAGCCUAUGCUGAUCAUGAUGAGCUAGCUGAAAUCAGGAUGUUGCAGCGACAGGCUGCGCGUCGCAAUACCAAGAUGGAUGCCAUCCAGGGGUACCGCCGCGUCGAUCGUAUCGUUCACGACCUCGACGGCUAUGACUUGGUGUUUCGGUAUUAUGAGCGCCACGACUGGAAAGGCGGAGCUCCGCGAAUUGGGGAGUAAUAUCGGGAUGGCAUUGUGCACGACGAUCACGCAGGUGUACACUGGUUGUUGUCAUCAGAAGCGAGGAGCUGCUAGGGGGAGGUUGAGGUGUCCAAAAGUACCUUCUCAGGAACUUUCCGAUGGCUAUGAUGGUUUUGAUGAUUUCUUGCAUUACUUCCACUCCUUUGAACCCAGCCAUAGCUGACGAUAGAGCCCGUUGAAUAACGGCAUUUUGUCCAAGUCUUCCGCAUUCGGUCUCUCCGAUCGCCCUGCGUUCCCGUGCCAGCCCAUGACUUCUUGACCUUCAAAUGUGUAGGAGGGACAAGGCUGAGGCUCGGGAGUGGGCAGCCUCGGCAGAAUAAGGAUGGAUCUCGAUCUCUCCCUCCAUGUUUCGUGAAUUGAAAGGCCUAUUUUGUCCAUUGGAUUCCAGCCUCUCUGCGUCUUUGCAACUAGGAUAUCACGAAUACCUGAUUUUGCUCCAGUCUGUGGCCCGAGACCUAUUUAGGGUGCUUGGAAGGUUGUCCUACUGUCAUAUGCAAUUCGACUCUACUAAGGCUGUGCAACAUAGACCCUAUAUGACCAAUUGGAGGCUAUGCUCGUGGCUCUCUUUCGAUGCUUCGAGGGUUUGAGGCAAGGUUCGAAGAAACAAGAAUCGGGCGGAAUGGGUCUUUGUCAAAUCCGUUCUAACUUCCUCUCUCUGAUACCAUGAGGGCCGGAG